GCUGAAAAUAAUGGCUCAGAAAACUGUACUCAUCACAGGUUGCUCCUCAGGAAUCGGACUCGCCUUGGCUGUAAAAAUGGCCAGAGAUGAACAGAAAAGAUUUACAGUGUAUGCCACCAUGAGGAAUCUGACCAGGCAGGACAAACUUGCAGAAGCUGCAGGCAGAACCUUGGGUAAAACCCUGGAAAUUAAACAACUGGAUGUCUGCAGUGAAGAGUCUAUUAAAACUUGUGUCAGUAGCAUCCCUGACAGAAGGAUUGAUAUCCUAGUUAGCAAUGCUGGAAUGGGGCUCAUUGGACCUAUUGAAUGCCAGACCAUAGAUGAGAUGAAAACUGUGAUGGAUACAAACUUCUUUGGAUUGGUUCGACUCUUGAAGGAGAUUUUACCUGAUAUGAAGAAGAGAAAGAGUGGACAUAUAGUUAUAAUAAGUAGUGUCAUGGGAAUACAAGGUAUUUUGUUCAAUGAUGUUUAUGCUGCAUCUAAAUUUGCUGUGGAAGGAUUCUGUGAAAGUUUAGCCAUACAAGCUCUCAAGUUUAAACUUCAGCUAAGUCUGAUUGAGCCAGGCCCAGUGAUCACAGAAUUUGAGAAAAAGGUGUUUGAAGAUGGAAUGAAAAUGGAUCUUUCGGCUGCUGAUGAAGAAACUGCUGACAUGUUUACUAAUAUCUACCUUAAAAAUUACAAACAGAUUUUCCAAAUCCUGGGACAGAGUGCAGAGGACAUAGCAGAGCAUACAGUAAAGAUAAUUCUUGCAGAAAAUCCACCUUUUCGCCAUCAGACCAACACCCUGUACACACCAAUGACAACCUUGAAAUAUGCAGAUCCUAAUGGAGAUUUACCUAUUGAUACCUUCUACAAAAUGGUUUUUCAGCAUGAUAAAAUCUUCAGUGCAAGUCUUAACUUCAUCAAACUGCUAAGGUGGAGAAGCAGAAAAAGCUUUGAUUUGGGAAACCCUUCACAAUGAAUAAAUGUAUGCUACUGUGUGCAUUUUGAUCACUGGUUCUAGUCACUGCUGAUAUACUGUUUUGAAAAAUAGCAUUGCAAUAUAAUUUAUUACAAAAAGACAUUCAAAAUGUUUGGUUAGUGAGCUUAAUUGAGGUAUUAAUGUUGAUUAACUUUUAUAUUGAACUUCAAGUUUCCAAUGCUUUGAAAGUAAAAUGUUUGACCCACAUCAGUUAUUCUCAGUAAUCUUGGCCGUAUAUUCUACUUCCAGAGUUGUUCCUGGUAGAAAUUUAUAACCACUAUUUUUCUGAACAUCAACAAAUCAAUUAUCAAACAGCGACCUUCAGCAUUUAUUAGAAUUAAAAGGAAAAGAUACUGAGGGCUGGUCUACGCUGUGGGGUGGCGGAAUUGAUCUAAGGUACGCAAGUCAAAGUAUCUUAGUUUGACUUACCUGGCUGUCCUCACGGCGGCAAGUCGACUGCCGCGGCUCCCCCAUCGACUCCGCUUACUCCUCCGACCGAGAUGGAGUAUGGGCAUAGAUGUGGGGAUCAAUUUAUCGCGCAUAGACAAGAUGCGAUAAAUCGAUCACUGCCUGCCAAUCCGGCAGGUAGUGUACAUGUGGCCUGAGAUUAGUACUCUGUGUAUAUCUUAUUUGUAGAAAAACCUGAUUUGUUCAUAUUGUAAAACAUAUUGAAUUUGCUAAUGUUCUAGUGAUUUUUAAAUCACUUAACACCUUGUUCUAUAGUGCUAUGCUUCUAUUUAAAAGGAUUAGAAUAAACUACUUGUUAGAAACCUAAGUGCAAGCAUUGUUAUAGUUUUAAAAUGUAUUGAAGAUGCCUAAAAUAUGGACAUACAUAUUAUAGACAACUUCCAUGACAGUGGUGAAUGGCUUAUGAUUAUUUCUGUGGUUUCCUAGGGAACACAAAUUAAUAUAAUCAAAAUUUUCAAACCUGAGGGCCUAAAGCUAGGCUCCUAAAUCCAUAUUUAGAUAUCUAGAUAGAAGUGAUCUGAUUGUCAAUGGUGCUGUGUACCUGCAGCUCCCAUUGAAGUCAGUGUGAGUUACAUGUGUUCAGCACCUUUUG